AUGUCUCGGGAGAGAGACGUGGAGGGUCAGCAGUCCCACAGCAGUGCCUCCUCGCAGUCCCACAGAGUCGGAGUCUGUUCGCAGUCCCAAGGUGGCUUCACCCAGUCCCAAGGUGGCUUCACCCAGUCCCAGGGUACCUCCUCACAGUACCAGGGUUCAUCUAGCUCCUCCACCAACACGAUACCUACCUCCAGCCAGUCCUCUCACUCCAGCUCUGGGACAUUGAGCUCCUUAGAGACAGUGUCCACUCAGGAACUUUAUUCUAUUCCUGAGGACCCAGAGCCUGAGGACCCUGCUCCUGCCCCUUGGGGUCGAUUAUGGUCUCUGCAGGAUGGAUUCUCUAAUCUUGAGUGCAUUAAUGACAACUACUGGUUUGGGAGAGACAAAAGCUGUGACUAUUGCUUUGAUGAACCACUACUGAAAAGAACGGAUAAAUAUCGGACAUACAGCAAGAAACACUUUCGGAUUUUCAGGGAGAUGGGUCCUAAAAACUCUUACAUUGCAUACAUAGAAGAUCACAGUGGGAAUGGAACCUUUGUAAAUACUGAGCUUGUAGGGAAAGGAAAUCGCCGUCCUUUGAGUAAUAAUUCUGAAAUUGCACUUUCACUAUGCAGAAAUAAAGUUUUUGUAUUUUUUGAUCUGACUGUAGAUGAUCAAUCAGUUUAUCCUAAGGAAUUAAGAGAUGAAUACAUCAUGUCAAAAACUCUUGGAAGUGGUGCCUGUGGAGAGGUAAAGCUGGCUUUCGAGAGAAAAACGUGUAAAAAAGUAGCAAUAAAGAUCAUUAGCAAAAGGAAGUUUGCUAUUGGCUCAGCAAGAGAGGCAGACCCAGCUCCCAAUGUUGAAACAGAAAUAGAAAUUUUGAAAAAACUAAAUCACCCUUGCAUCAUCAAGAUUAAAGACUUUUUCGAUGCAGAAGAUUAUUAUAUUGUUUUGGAAUUUCUUUUCUUAAACAAAUUUGGUCAUGCCUCCCUUUCUGUGUAGUACCUUCAUGAAAAUGGCAUUAUACAUCGGGACUUAAAGCCAGAGAAUGUUCUUCUGUCAUCUCAAAAUGAGGACUGUCUUAUAAAGAUUACUGAUUUUGGGCAGUCAAAGAUUUUGGGGGAGACGUCUCUCAUGAGAACCUUAUGUGGUACCCCUACGUACUUGGCUCCUGAAGUUCUUGGUUCUGUUGGGACUGCUGGGUAUAAUCGUGCUGUAGACUGCUGGAGCUUAGGAGUUAUUCUUUUUAUCUGCCUUAGUGGGUAUCCACCUUUCUCUGAGCAUAAGACUCAAGUUUCCCUGAAGGAUCAGAUCACCAGUGGAAAAUACCACUUCAUUCCUGAAGUCUGGGCAGAUGUCUCAGAGAAUGCUUUGGACCUUGUCAAGAAGUUGUUAGUAGUGGAUCCAAAGGUGCGUUUUACAACAGAAGAAGCCUUGAGACACCCCUGGCUUCAGGAUGAGAACAUGAAGAGAAAGUUUGAGGAGCUGCUGUCUGAGGAAAAUAAGUCCUCAGUUCCAGGGCAGGUAUUGUCUUCCACUGGUCGAAAGCGGGCCCUUGAAGGGGAACCAGAGGAUGCCGAGAGCACAAAGCGCCAGGCUGUGUGUGCUGCCGUGUCGUGAUCACUGUGGUUUGAACAUGAAAGAAAUGUAUCUUCUUUCAUUCUGCUGACA